CGCAAUUGUGCGGCCAGAUCCAAAAUACAAUGUACUCACUAUCUAACUCUAAUAUGCACAAUUAAUUUGAAAUAUAGCCAUAUUUGUGCAAUGCAAUUGUGAUACAGUUUCUGAAUCUAGUUACCAAAAUAAGCAUUCUAAUUCUAGGAUGACACAUACUCACGUAGUUUGAUGGUCGAUGUUGUCAAGAAUUCUAAAUCCAAAUUUAUACUGAAUGAUUGAACUACAUUGGUCAAUUUAGUUCCAGAACCAGAACUGCCCAUGCAUUCUUUUCUGUAAUUAUCGUAGGAAUUUCUAGGCCCACGUGGUGAACUCUGAACUUAUACUUUCUCACAACCUGAGACGAAAUUUUGCGAAAUUUGCAUUCCAUUUUAUUAGAGUGCACAACACUGGCACCUGUGCAAAACACCAGGGCUUCUGCUUCGUGUCUUUAUGGAAAACCCAGGCUCUGCUGUUUUUGUGCAUAACAGAUCACUUUCUCAUGGGUAGACAAACUAACAGUAAUCAAGAUAAACUCGUUUGUAAGAACAACAUAUUCAUAAAACGACCCAACCUGUACUCUGAUUUUAACAGUCACAUUCCUAUGGUUUCUUCACUGUGACAACUGCCCGCUCUGCGGUUGGCUUGCUCUUACAACACCUGGUGCUCACAUAUGGCAUGUAUUGUGUACGUGGGUAGACAACUGCUGAAUUUGCAUGUUUGUAUGCUCCCUGAGACUUUGGUUGCCUCAUUAAUAGUUGGAUGGCAUAAUGCAAAUAUGUGAAGCUUCCAGUUGGUGCUUAGCCAGGGAACUCUCUGUAUUAGUUGGAACUGCAAUUUGGGAAUAAUCAGUUACUUCUCCACCCGGCCAUGUGGUCUGCCUGGUUGGGCUUAUAUGGUGCAGCUUGCACAUGUAAUCUCUAUCUCCUUAUUAAUAUAUGCUGGUCAGAAUCCGGAUCUUUAAAGAAAAAACAGCUGCCAAUAAAUUAUUUUUAUCUAGUAUUCUAGUGCGACUCCUUCAAGUGAUAAUAGAUUUGGUGCAGAAUGGAUCACUGCUAAGUUAAUGUCUGCACUCUGGUCUAUAAACUUCCACUGAGCUCUGCCUAUUAAUUAAGGGAAAGAAAUUUAUGUACAAAAUGGGUUUGAGCCCAAACACAACAGCAACAGCACAAAGAGCGAGUGGUGACUGCUAAAACCACCAUGUCGCAGGAGCGGACAUUGGAUGAAGUUGUUUCUCCAUUUCUAAUGCAACUGGAAAGGGCAAGAGUUGUUCCUUUGGGUCCAGAUGAGGAUAGUUCACAUUCAGAUAUUGUACUUCUGUUUGAAAAUAUCAAAAAAGAAGCCUGCGAAGUCAAAGAUAUACUCCUGCGAGUGUCUAAAUGGGAAAAUGAGAUAAUAAAUGACUUUGGAGGAAUAGCUCGACAUUUGGAUGAAAUCAUAGAAGAAGGCAACCAGCUCAAUUCAAUACGUUCCACACUCCAACUUGUAAACACUGAGAUGUCCAAGUUAAAAGAUCGUAUGCAACUUCCUCUCCAUGUUCCCAUGAUCAAGCCAAUAGCUCCCACAACCUUGCCAUCAUAUGUACCCUCCAAAUGGGUUCAUGCAAAAGUUUCAGAGCAGUGGAAAAGGCUAGAGGUUGAGAGGAAAAUCCUUGAGAGCUCAACCAUGUCUAACUUGCAGGUUAGCUAUGAUAAUCUUGAUCUGCAGCUGAAGUUGUGCUUGUUAUGCUUCUCUGUCUUCCCAGAAAAUUCCAUCGUCAGCAAGAGGGCCAUGAUCCAUUGGUGGAUUGGCGAGGGGUUAGUAGAAGCCACAAGAAGUCAGACAGCCGAAGAUGUUGGACAGGCAUGCUUUGAGAAGCUGAUUGCUCUAGAGAUGAUUGAACCGGUGUAUCAGAAAUGCAGGUAUGGGGUCAACCAAUGCAAGUUACACCCUUGGAUUCGGCGUAUGUUAAUUAAAGUUGCAAAGCAAGCACGGUUUUUUGAAUUUGAUUCAGAUGGCAAUGCAACAUGGGACUCUUCAGCUACUCACCGUGCCUGUCUAAUUGAAGAGCACCAACAGAAAAUUGAUGUGGCGUCACUCAGAAACCUUCUAACAAUAUUUAAUGUGAAUGAGCAAUACCUACAAUUUGAGAAGGGUUGGUUCUCGGAUUUGCGGAAAAUUGCAGUUCUCCAACUAGGAAGGUGGCACAACUUACGUCGACACCAUAUUGAGGUUGACAGUACUGAAUUUUUAGAAGGACUGCAGUUAUCCAAUCAAUUGAAAUAUCUUUGUCUGAGAGGCAUCUCUAGAAUCAUUGAACUUCCUGCUUCCAUUGGUGGACUCUCAAAUCUCAGAAUCUUGGACCUUCAUGCCUGUCACAACCUUGAGAUACUGAGUGCUAGCAUCACGUCUCUUCAGAUGCUCACCCACCUUGAUGUGUCAGAGUGUUACUUGCUGGAAGGCAUGCCAAGGGGUAUUGGCUUGCUUACUGAACUCCAAGUGCUGAAAGGGUUUGUCAUUGGUGGUUCAACUGGCAACUACAAUUGUCGGGUAGCAGAGUUGGCUAGGCUGGACAAAUUGAAGAAGCUGACCAUAUAUAUUGGAAGCAAAGUUACAGUGACAGAAGAUGAACUGAAUGAACUUGAGAACAUCAAAGGCCUUUGCGUGCUGAAAAUUACAUGGGCUGUAUCACUUUCAAAUAAAGAACGAGUCCAUCAAACUUCUGAUUCUACACCAUUGCUAACUUCACUCUCCCUACCUCUAAAUCUCGAAAAGCUAGACCUGUGCUGCUUCCCUGGAGAGAAGAUACCAGAUUGGUUUAGUCCGAGUAAGCUGUUGAGACUGAAGAGACUCUAUUUCACUGGAGGAAUGCUAAGAACUUUUGGCAACAAAAACAUGUCAGAGGUGUGGAGCGUUGAGGUUUUGCGCCUGAAAUUCUUGAAUGAUUUAUCAGUACAAUGGACCCAGGUGCAUGACAUAUUUCCAAAACUGACCUUUCUGGAGGUAUUCAGAUGUAGGAAGCUAGAAUCCUUCCCUUGUGAUAAGGAUGGGGUGUGGAUGAACCAUGAUACGAAGGAUAUCAGAAAGUAGAAGGCAGGAAUGAAUCAAUUGAGCUUCCACUGUUACUUUUGCUGUGUAACUAGCUUUGUCUCAACACGUGGACGACAACUGGAUCCCGAAUGUACACCAUAGAUGAUGUACAUCACGACUGUCAUCAGUCGACCUUGACUCCGUGCCUCAUAGUCAUAUCGAAAUUGGAGUUAUUUUGAGAGCUGUCACUUGGUGGUGCAAUGUUCAACAUGUUUUCAUCAUGGGAGGUUAUGCUUGCCUGUAGCUUUGCUGUUCCACGUCAUGUAUCUUGUCUGUGGUUGUUUUUCCUUGUGUUGUGUUGCUUUGUUGGUGUUUCUGUCUCGCCCCUGCUAUGUACCUCUGGGACUUGCUCCAAUAAUGUAACCUUCCAUUCCUGGCUUGCUGGUA